UUAUCGAUCGGUCGAUGACUGAUUUGAAGAGUGUUCGUCGCGGCUGUAUGAAGUUUGUAAUAUUAAAACAAAAUCGAAAAUCGUGGUGGAAAAAUCAGCAUAAUCCCAAAAUUAGGAUUUGCGAGGAAAGAGCAACGGUGAUAAACGUUAAAAGAAAAUUGGCAAAACUGCUCUUUGAAACUUGCGAAGAUUGUAAGAGAAUGGCAUCUAUUCCUCAAGGCGCGUUUGCGGCGUGCAAAGUCCGUUGCAAUCGAGAACGCAAUGCUAUGAUAUCACGGAUGGAGAAGAAAGAAAAAUCGUGUAAAGAAAAUACGUUCAACAUGAGACCCCCAUUGGAAGGUUGGGAACUUACGCCGUUGAAAUAUAACAGUAAAUUAAUGAACAGCAUCUGGGGACUUUAUAAUCGUUAUUCGGUGCACAAUUUCAAGAAGAACAAUUCUAACGAAGGGGUAUUUAAGACGUUCGUGGCGGCUUGGAAAAUUAUUUUUCACGACUGUACCCCGCCGCGAAUUCAAUGACCUGCUGUUGCCAAAAACAAUUCUCAAAUUAUGUAAAAGAGAGGGAACAGUAUAUGUGAUCCGAUUUCAUCUUUGAUACAUUGAUACGUGUAAUGACGAUCGUUUUCAUUCAAUGUGCAAUAAUGAAAAAAAAAAAAAAAAAAAAAAAGUUUUAAUAUUAUUGUAAUGAUUUGUAAGUAUAAAGAAUUGUAACAGUAUUGCACAUUCUUUCUAUUGCAUUUUUUUAAUAAUAAAUGUGAUCUUUUUUACUUGGGAUUAAAAUCGAUCGAACUUUAUCAUUCGUAUCAUUA